AUGGCCGGCGAGAGCGGCGUCACCCCCAUAGACCGCUUCGACGCCUCAAAGUUCCCCACGCGGUUCGGCGGCCAAAUCAGGGGUUUCCACGCAAAGGGCUACAUCGACGACAAAAGCAACCGGAUGCUAGACGAUUGCUUGCGGUACUGCAUUGUUGCCGGGAAGAAGGCGCUUGAGAGCGCGGAUCUCGGCGGCAAGAGGCUCAACAAGAUGAAUUUGCUGGAGAAGGUUUGGUCGAUCCUCACUCAAAUCGAAGAUCUGUACCUGUUGAUGGAUCCGGAUGAUUUCUUGUGGCUGAAAAAUCAGCUCGCGAUCAAAGCGAGUUCUGAUUCGGAACUCUUCUGCUUCAGAUCUCGCGAACUCGUGGAGGUGACGAAAUCGUCCAAGGAUCUGAGGCACAGUGUGCCGGUGGUGUUGGAGGUGGAGGUGGAUGUGGAUCUGAGCGGUGGACGUGGAUCUGAGCGGUGGACCUAG